AUGGCACAAUUGGCAAAAGAUAUAAGAAUUUUAAUGGAUUUUCAAAGUGAUGUUCUUUCAACAAUCAGAGCCUUCAACAAUUCAAAAGGCAUUACACAAAAAAAUGUUUAUAAAACACAA